AUGCUCCAAGCCAUAUCCUCCCAACACGACGCCCACCACGAGCGGCGGCGCAAGAAUUCCCUCGCUAGUCUAACGGGCUCAUUACGGGAUAAAAAAGUACAUCUGCUACUUGCGGCCUCCGGCUCCGUUGCCACCAUUAAACUACCGCUGAUUAUCGAGGCACUGGGGAAGAAGCACUCGGAGCGGAAUAGUGGCAAGGAGCUCAGCAUUCGCGUCUUGCUAACACCAGCCGCAUCGCGCUUCCUCGGGGGCCAGUCCCACGAGCAGCCUCCCUUAUCCUCACUACUUUCCACGCCAUGCGUCGACGGUGUCUACGUGGACGCAGAUGAGUGGCGGGAGCCUUGGAAGCGCGGCGAUGCGAUUCUGCAUAUUGAGCUGCGGCGCGAUGUAAGCAUUCUAUUCCUACCCCUUAAUAGCGUGUCACGCGGCUUCGCCGACGGUAUUUUAACAAGUGUCGUGCGCGCAUGGGACGCAUGGGGCGAACUUGACAGCGAUCUGGUUCUUGCUAAUGGCGAACAACCUCUUCUCGACGGAAAUAGAAGGAGACGGCAGAAGAAGCAUAUUAUUGUAGCGCCUGCUAUGAACACAGCCAUGUGGCGACACCCAGUUACGGCCAAAUCACUACGUGUUCUAGAGGAGGAAUGGGGAGUAUACCGCAACAGCAACAAGGCAGCGCAAGCGCCAACCGCGGAUGAGAGCCACACAGUAGAGGAGCAGGUUGAAAACGCUGAUACCGACGAUGAUGGUGGCUGGUUCGAAGUUCUACGACCACAGCAGAAGACACUGGCGUGUGGGGAUGUUGGAGACGGCGCUAUGAUGGAAUGGAAGGACAUUGUGACUGUUAUUGAGGACAGACUGGGCUUAAACGAAUGA